GGGCAUGGGGCAAGGAGAGCCGGGCUUCACUGGUUCAAUUUUUUGAAGCUUUCAGUUUACUAGAGUUUUAUACUGGUGCUGUUAUGGCCAUGGUGUCUGGGGGCUGGGGAGACCCCAAUGGUGACACUAAUGGGGUGGGUAAAGGGUACCCCAGAAAUUCUGAGGAAGAAGAGGCCUCACCACAAGGAGGGAUGAGUGACCCAGAACAGGGUGAUGAAGAACGGCCAGGGAUCCAGGUAGAUUGUGUGGUGUGCGGAGAUAAAUCCAGUGGGAAGCAUUAUGGAGUUUUUACAUGUGAGGGCUGCAAAAGCUUCUUCAAAAGGAGCAUACGAAGGAAUCUGAGUUACACCUGCAGGUCAAACCGAGACUGUCAGAUUGACCAGCAUCAUCGCAACCAAUGUCAGUACUGCCGGCUGAAGAAAUGCUUCCGAGUGGGAAUGAGGAAAGAAGCUGUUCAAAGAGGUCGGAUUCCUCCUGCUCAUUCCAGUGCGAGCCCCACUGCAGCUCCAGGAUCGGGCGAGUUCUUUAAUGGACAGCCAGUGUCUGAACUUAUUUCCCAGCUUUUGCGGGCUGAGCCAUACCCAGCAUCCCGAUAUGGAUCCCAGUACACCCAGCAGGGUAGUGUGAUGGGAAUCGACAACAUAUGUGAGCUGGCUGCACGUCUCCUCUUCAGCACUGUGGAAUGGUCUAGGAACAUCCCCUAUUUUCCAGAAUUGGCCAUGGCAGACCAGGUUUCCCUUCUUCGUUUGAGCUGGAGUGAACUGUUUGUGCUAAAUGCAGCACAGUCUGCUCUUCCGCUGCACAUGGCUCCACUUCUAGCUGCUGCCGGAUUUCAUGCCUCACCCAUGUCCGCUGACCGCGUUGUGUCUUUCAUGGACCAGAUUCGAGUCUUUCAGGACCAAGUUGAGAAACUGAACCGAUUGCAGGUGGACUCUGCUGAGUAUGCUUGUCUAAAAGCCAUUGCUCUGUUCACUUCAGAUGCCUGUGGCCUCACAGAUCCAGCACAUGUUGAAAACUUGCAAGAGAAAGCACAGGUGGCCCUCACUGAGUAUGUUCGAGCCCAGUACCCAUCCCAGCCGCAACGCUUCGGACGCCUUCUCCUACGCCUGCCAGCACUCAGGGCCGUGCCUGCUUCCCUCAUCUCCCAGCUCUUUUUUAUGAGGCUAGUUGGCAAGACUCCUAUAGAGACACUUAUCAGAGACAUGCUUUUGUCUGGAAGUAGCUUCAACUGGCCAUACUCUACUGGUCAAUAACACCAGUUGGAUGGCUGAGUAUUUUCACUUAGGACAAACUGUGGAUCCUGUCUAUUUCAGAGAAACUUUUUGCCGUGCUGCAUAAAAUGAAAGGCACUUCCAUACUUUAUGGGGAAAUAGUCAUACAACUUUUCCUUGAUUCUUCUCAAGCACUAAUGGUUUUGGCAGAUUGUUACCUGGUUAGUAAGUACUUGGGUAUCAAUCAAGAUUUAUUUUUCCUUUCUUGUCUGAGCAGAGAAUUAAUCACUUAACAGAAGCACGGGGUUGCUAGCACCUUCCAGUGGUGCUACAGAACAUUGCAGUAAUAACUAUAGAUGGGGUUAUCGUUGGAUCUUAACUUAAAAUGAGUUGUCUGAUCCAUUUGGAUGUAUGUGGCUGACAAUGUAGCUUAAUUCACACGCUCACUACCUCCUGAACAUCACAUCUUACAUUCAGCGGGAUUGUAGUGCACCUUUGUUUUUUCUUGUCUUGGCAUUUCUUUGGAAAACCAUAUAGUACAAACAUACUCAAUGACAACUGACCUAUAACAAUGUGGCUACAGGAGAUAUUUGCAUGAAUUCAUUUAUAAAGUUCCUAUAAAGUUUGCUUAUUGUGCAAAUAUCACCAUUGGACUAAACUUGUUAUAUGUUUUGCUUUUUUUUUUUUUUUUUUUUUUUUUUUUUUUUUUGACCAAACCUUCAAGGUACGCAAUUGACUUUCAUCAAAAUAUAUAAGGAAUAAGUCGUUCACCCAAUCAGUUUUGUUUAAAUUAUCUGUGCUACUCAUUUAAAUCAUUGGUAAUCUGAUGCACUUUUCUCUUUACUAGGAUAAGUGUGCGCCUUGAAAUUUCAUGACAACAAAAUGUAUUUUGAUACAUUUUUGUCUUGAAUAUAAUAUUUUUUUUUUCAAGCUUUUAUUUUUUUUAUGAUGAUGCAACUAUGGUAAACGACAAAACAAAGUUGAUUACCCUGCUUGGUUGUGUUAAAUAUAAGAUCAAGUAAAGUUUUGUGAAGAAAAAAAAGAGAAACGUCUGCCACUUGAUACCUUUAUUUGUAUUGUGUUUAAGCUAGAAUUGAUCCUAGAAUUUGCAUAUGUAUAUUGUGGGAGAUGUCUGCCAAUGUGGUCAUGUCAAUGGUACUUUAAAAUUUACACUACAUUUUUAUUGAAACAUCCAAAAUGAUCAUUUAUGUACUUAUAUUUUUUAUUUUUUUUUAUUUGUGUUUUUUAAACUAAUUGGUAAUUCUCCUUUGCUAGGUGUAUAAAAAAAAAGUUUUAACUUGAUCUUAUUCCCUAAUUAAAUACUGUAUAUUUCUGAGCUAGAAGCAGUAAUCUUACUUAUUCUUGGAAUAUUUAGUUGUAGAGCAAACCUUUUGCAAUUUGCUCUGACCUUUUAAAUGAUUAGUGUUUUUCUCCCAGCAGUCAAGAAUAUGAAAUCAUCUUUUUUUUAAUGUUUUUCUUUUGUUCUUUUCAUUUUGUAUAUGUGUAUAAAUUCUGCUAAUGCCAAAAAUGGUGGAAGGGAAUAUUGCCAAAGAAGGAAUAUAGAAAUAAAUGAUUUUACACAGA